CCCCUUCUUUCCUCGUGUCUCCCUCUUCCAUUGCGGGAAUCUCCUAUGUUUAUCCCUCUUCCUCCCCUCUCCUCCCCCCUUAACGCCAGAAACAGCAUGAUGAUGUGAUUGAUCGACUGAGAGUCUGAUUUUGAUCCUCUCACCAAAGAUGGAGCAAUCUCGGAAGUUCUUCAACUUCUGACAGCUUCACCGGUUGACGGGUCUCGUCAGGGGCGGGUUUCAGGUUUGCAGCUCCUCAGCAAUCCAUGCUUAGGAGCCCUCCAGAUCGCCGGCCAGCGUGGGCCGAUCUUCGCCCGUCUACGUGCCUUCCUACGUCGCCAUCUCCACGCCUUCUUGUGUCGCCGAACAAUAGUAAUAAUAAUAACCAUAACGUGCCUGGUGUCGAUCUCGGGGAAUUUGCUUCCUCGAUCUUUUUCCCCUGUUGCUCUUGCUCCUCCUCCUCCUCCUUUCUCUCCUGUUCCUCCCUCUCCCCUCCACCGCCAGGGGACUCCGAUCCCUUUGUCUCAGCCUCCUCCGUUCCUGCUUCUCCCCAGGAAUUUCCCCGCCGGCAAAUAACGACCGAGUGCUCUUCUCCCGAAAUAUUCUGCAUUUUUGGCGCACAGUGACGACGAAAGAUGCAUUGACACCUUGUAUCAUCAAUAAUAAUUUUUGCUUGUUUCAAACCUCUAUUGCAAUUCAGCGUCUC